AGCACGAGAUGAUGCCUUCGACGGACGACGAUGGGUUCACCGGCACUGCGUAGCGGCCAGUAAGCUAUGACGAAUCACAAAAUGGACACGGGGUUUCCUUGGUUGAUCCACGUCGACCAUCCAUCCCACUUUGCCGCUGGACUGCAUCUCGCGCUCCUCGUAAAUGGAUGGGCCAUGCCCUGUGUCUCCAUAUCUAGCUGCAGAUGGUCGAGUUUUAGCGCCAGGCACAUUGAGUUUAGUUCAUCUGAACCUGUCCAGGAGUGUCCGACCCGUGGCAGGUGCUUUGAAGCUGCGAAACAUGUUCUGCCGACUUCUCCGGCGGCACCUCGUGCAUCCCCGGGCCUCCUCUCGACCCGCCUCUCCACACGGCUUCUCAAACUAAGGGCUUGGUACUGUUGCACCCUGCGUAUGUAUGACGACAGGAUCAGGGGGGUUAGUCUGGUGCAAUGUAGGAAAGAGGCGCAACCCACUCCAUCGAUUUGUAUUUCGUUGAGCCACGUUUCCAUUUCCAAGGACUUGGAGCCGAGGCAAGCCAUCGGUCUUAACGCAAAUGCAAAGCCUAGCUUGAUGCAACUUUGAGCAGGGACAUUGGGGGGAUGAGAGUUGAUGUUCUCUCAACUGGGAUAUUGUUUGAUUGGUGGAAAGCAAGACCGAAAAUUGAGUCGUGGAUGGAAAGGUCGCAUGCAAGAAAUCGGAUCGAAAGAAACUGUGAGUAUGAAUAAUCACGCAUGUGACUCAAAUUUGAGCCAUCGUGAUCACUAAACGAGUCUCUAACCAGGCUCAUGAACAAUGUGCGAUGUUUUUCAUGACUCCCCGGUGGUCCGAGAAACUCACAAAUCUAGUAGCACAUGGAUAGCAC